AUGGCUCUGGUACCCUACACUAAGAAGCAGCUCGCUGACUGCAUCCUCAUGAAUCUCAGUAAGCCGACUGACAAGUUUACCUUGUUCAGCAAGCUCCCUGUUGAAAUGCGCCUUAAGAUCUGGGAGGACGCCCUUUCGCACUAUCGACACAUCAAGGUCAUCGUGUCCGAUGAGAACAGAUGGGAGUUCUCAGUUUGGAAUUGUCACUAUGAACGGGUAGACUUCCAGGUCGACGAUGUGGAAGGGCAGCCGUACACCGUUUUUGUCAAGAAGAACACGGCAUACCAUCCACUUCUACACACAACAUCGGAGUCGCGUGACGUCGCCAAGAAGUUCUACCGUGUGCAGCUCCCAUGCCGACGACUUGGACCUGAUGGAGGCAGCCUGGGCACCUUGUUCCUUUGCCCUGAACUAAACACCAUCCAUCUCGAAACAGACCCCUUGUCACUGCAGCACUUCGAAAAGUUUGCCCAAACUAUUUUUGCCGCAGACAAGCUUAACGUCGGCCUUGUCAACUUGGCACUGGACUGCGAACUCCGCCACUCAGAGAGCGAAUUUCGCAUCUCUGACAACGAGCGUCUUCUUUUCAUCGAGGCAAUUCGUCGACUGGAGGUCCUCACGUUUGUUGGGUUCGCACCCAACAAAUGCACCCAGCUUUUGUUGUACGGAAGCGACCUUCGUGUCAUCAACAAAUCACCUUACCUCAUGGACAAACUUGUCGAAUCCGAUGAGUACGAUAAAGGUUACUUCAAGUAUAAGUCGGGUUUCUACGACAACGAAUUGACCGCAGUUCAUAUCGGCAACGAGGAUCCUCGUCGUGGUUACUACUCCUUCUGCAACCUGUUGCAGCUGCUUGACAUCCCCAAAGGUGUCUACACUGCUAAGGAGCAAUUCAUGCUCACCCACAACUAUGAGCCGCAUUAUGUUUGCAUCAACGGCGACCUAGAUGAGUGUAGAUACGCCCUCGCCUACGACCAGCGGGAGUACCGAGAGUACAGCCAGGAGCCCCCGGCUAUCGGAUUCUGGCUUUUCCCGCUCAGCGCCAUCGGACCGUUCUAUCUUGACGACAUCCACCCCUUCUGGGGGCUUCCUCAGGACCCCGAGGAGGACAUUGAGGUGGAAGACCGAGUCGUCGACCUCAGCGACUGCGACCCGAAGUUUUGCUUUUACCAUCCCGCCUACUAG